AUGGGUGUCAAUGUCAAAUCUGUUGUUGAUGAUUUGGUUUUGAAUUUUCGCAUAGAUGAUCAAGGCGAAGUUUUGAGUAUUAAGUUUUCUGAGGACAACAAAAUCUUGGGAAUUCAGCGGACUUAUCGAUCGGUUGACUUUUUAAAUUUUCAAGCCAAUUGCCCCAGGGGUGUACAGUAUUCUCAAGAAUGCAAGAAUAAAUCAGCAACGCUUCUGGGAUUUGUGUGGUGUUCCAACUAUGAGGUCCUUUUUGUCACAAACGAACAACUGGAGUUAUAUCAAGUAUUACCUGAGAAGAAUACUCUACGCUUAAAUAGUUAUUUACCUCUGAACACUUCCUGGUUUUUAUGGAACCCAGAGACACAUAUUUGUAUCACUUCAGACCGAGAAAAGAAACUACAUAUGUUUCAACUUAAGACACCCGGCACAAUCACAAAAGGACCAAAGUUUCUGUCUCCUACAUCGGUAGGGGCCAAUGGUGAUACCAUAUCGAUUGAACAGAAACACUGUUUUUUAGCUUUAUUAUAUGAGGAUUUGUACUUUGGUACUCUUCGCUACGUAAAGCUACAUAACGAACCAAAUCUUACCCGAACUAUUAGUUUUUAUACUUUAAAAAUAGAAGAUCCCAUCGUAUUGACACACCUCGUAAUUUUAGAUUUUCAGGGUCCUGUGUCAUUCAGUGUAUUGGAUAACCUGUUCAUGGUACACUAUCAGAGCAGAAAGGUUACGUCAGUUUUUGAUAUCGCCCUUAAUGGAACCGUUCGCAAUGUAAUUCAUCAUUCACCUAUAUUACGUGAUAUUUCGAUUGCACCAUUCAGUCUUUUCACUAAAAUCAUUCCCUCAUUAUCAACAAACUUGGAUGCUCAAAUUCCUAUCGAUUUAUAUUCAAUGAAUUGGAUUAUUCACCUGUGCGGUGUUGUAAUUGACAACAGUCUCGGUUGCUCAUGGCUGUUAUGCUUGAAUACUAUGGUUUUUCCAAAACUAAUUGAUAAUCACAACCUUGUUGUGGAUUUUCUACUUCAUCGAUCCAGUGGCAAAAGUGUACUGUUAGAGUACUGCUCUAAAUUGGCGUUAGACAGUAUCGAAGAGGUUACUUCCAAUGUUGACAAACCUCUGAACUACAAAUUCGAUGGAUAUGGGUUGAAUCAACGACUAGAUCAGUUUGCGUUCGUCUUUAAACGGAUUUGUGAAGUGGGCUACUGUGGGACAAACGUCAUGAGUAAAUUGCUCACUGAUUCUGAUCGUAAAAUGCCAAGUGCUUCGGAAGCAUCAUGCCAUUGUUCUAUAGUUAAGACAAUAUCCAAAGGCGUACAUGCGGGUUCGUCAACCUACAUCAUUUCCCAACCUGAAAUAUAUUCACAUUUAUUUUUAAAGAACCAAGGUGUUGAGAGACUAGAAGUCCGUAAAUUGUUUCGCUCUAUACUGAUUGAAUAUAUUCGCAUAUUUUCAGAGCAUGACAUUUGUGUAGAUCAUUGUUUCUACGAAAUGCUCGUCAAUCUCACCGCCAGAGUGGGGGAUUAUACACAACUCAGUUUUUAUGUUCAAAGUCGUCUACUUGCUGAUUCAAAGCCUACCGCACUUCAACUGCUUUCUUUGGAAAGUGUGUAUCCCGCAGCAGGACAACUUGGUAUUGAUAUGCUGAAGAGAUUGAAUACAUGCAACACUGAAUUGUUCGAUGCAUUACUGAUAAAAGGACGGCCAUUAGAGGCAUUAAGAUUUGCUAGACUGCAUCGCUCAGAAAAUGUCAUUGACAUGGAGAAUGUUCGCAAUUAUUUGGAUGCUAUUCAACAAAUCGAAGGUUAUAUGGAAUUAUAUUGUACUCACCAUUUUCUUAAAGAAAGUUCAAUGUGUAUGGAGUCUUAUUGGGACUCAGAUGAAUGCCGUAAAUAUUGUACCGAACACUUUAGUGACCUGUUUCCGUCCGCUUAA